UGCUUUACUGGGUGAUUUAAGUUCACCAACUUGUUUUUGUUCCUGUCAAAAAUAGAACUCGUAUCAGUCAAAAUGCUGGGCUUUUUAGUUCUAGUGUGGAUUUUCCUUUUAUUUCUCCUUUUUCGAAUCCAGAGGCCCAAGAACUUUCCUCCUGGACCUCGUCCAGUCCCAUUAUUUGGAAAUCUGCUUCAUCUGAACAUUGUCAAUCCUUUGAAACUUUUUGAAAGAUUUGCAGAACGCUAUGGGAAGGUUUAUGGCCUGUUCUGGGGAUUAAAACCAGUUGUGGUUCUUAAUGGUUUUGAGGUUAUAAAGGAAGCUCUGGUUACUAAAGGCAUAGACUUUGCAGGACGGCCACAGGACUUUAUGAUCAAUCAUAUAUCAGAGAAUAAAGGUGUUAUUUUGGCUGACUAUGGCCCAACUUGGAAGGAACAUCGCCGCUUUGCUCUCAUGACCCUGAGAAACUUUGGUCUGGGGAAGCAAACAAUGGAAGAACGAAUUCUGAGAGAGAUCUCACAUAUUGUUGCAUGUUUGGAAAAAAAUGCAGGAGGAAUGGUAAAUCCCCAGACCAUGUUUCACAACGCCGCAUCAAAUGUGAUUAGUUUGGUUCUAUUUGGAUCCCGUUUCGAUUACACUGAUGAAUUUCUCACAAGCUACGUUCAGCUUAGUACAGAGAUUUCAAAGAUCAUCAAUGGACCAUGGAACCUGAUAUAUGACACAUUUCCUGUAUUGAAAUGCUUGCCUUUACCAUUUAAAAAAGCCUUUGAUAAUACAUUGAAGAUUAAAAAUAUGACUUUAAAACUGAUUGAGGAGCACAAGAAGACCAGAGUCCCAGGAGAGCCGAGAGACUUCAUUGACUGCUAUCUGGAUGAGCUUGAUAAGAGAGGAGAUGAUGGUUCAUCGUUUUAUGAAGAUCAGCUCAUCAUGUACAUUUUGGACUUGCACUUUGCAGGGACUGAUACCACAUCUAACACCCUCCUCACUGCAUUUCUCUACCUCAUAAAUCACCCUGAUGUUCAAGGUUUGCAUUUCAACAACACACUGACUUUAAUGAAUUGUGAAUAUAUUGAUCCAUGCAUUAAGCUUAAACAUGCAUCAUCAUGUCCUCCAGCGAGAUGUCAGCGAGAGAUUGAUGAAGUUCUGGAAGGUAAAGAUCAGCCGUCAUUUGAAGACAGACACAAUAUGCCGUACACCCAGGCUGUGAUUCAUGAAGUUCAGCGUGUGGCAAACACCGUACCACUGAGUGUGUUUCACUGCACCACCAAAGACACAGAGCUGAUGGGUUACAACAUCCCAAAGGGAACAGUAGUCAUUCCUAAUCUUGCAUCUGUACUAAAAGAAGAAGGUCAGUGGAAGUUUCCUCAUGAGUUUAAUCCAGCCAACUUCCUGAAUGAUGAAGACCAGUUUAAAAAACCUGAAGCCUUUAUUCCCUUCUCGACAGGGCCCCGUGUGUGUCUUGGUGAGGGUCUUGCUCGUAUGGAGCUCUUUCUGAUCAUCGUCACUCUGCUGCGUCGAUUCCAGUUCGUUUGGCCUGAAGAUGCCGGGGAACCAGAUUACACCCCUGUGUUUGGAGUCACGCUCACACCCAAACCCUACAGAAUGCACAUCAGGCUCAGAGAACCGGACAAAUAAUGACGUUAGGUGUCUGUGCAUACAAUGUUUAAGAUGAUUGUCUUAUUUUGAAAUAAAAUAACACUGUUGACAUUA